AUUCCAUCUUUUCAUUGUAAAAUGAAAUUCAUCAAAUUAUUUUUGAAAAAAAAAAAGAGUUUAAAUUAUUUUAAAAGUGUUAAUCUUACUUUACCUUACAUGCCAUUUAGAUUGCAAAACUUUGAUUAUUUAAAAAGCUGGUAACUCUAAUAUGUAUAUUUUUCUGUUAUUUUCUAUCUUUUUUUUUUAAUUCAUUUGUUUUUUCUCAAGAAUCAGGAAAGCAAACAUCGCUCAUUUUUUGUACCCUGUCGAUUGAAACGUAGCAAAGACAAUGUGUCUAUUCAACUUGAUACAGCUCAGAUGGUAUCUAUCUAUAUGGCCUCCGAGGAUUUCAUCCCUGAUAGUGUCUUCCAUCCUCUAGUUGUGAGCUUGAUUGGAAUGGUACAAGACAUGGGCUACACAGCCAUGCUGCAAUUAUUUAGCAACUAUGCUAACAUCCGCCUAGGACGUGAACACACUCUCAGCUUAGGACCAGUAGUCAUUAAUAACAAGCCCUCAUUGAAGCUGGAAAUAUUACGAAUGCCUAUCACUAAGGAGGAUGGUACCAAGAUAUCAACGGGUGAACCCAGUCCUAGAGUCUGUAUGCAGGUGUUAGAUUUUCUGAAGAAAGAGAUGAAAGUGCUGACAUACGGAAUGAAGCACACACGUUAUAAGUUCCGUGUCCUGUGCUGGACAAACUUGCCAGAAAUGCACUUCCACGAUUUGGAGGAGUGCCUGGAAAAUGACUGUAUUCCAUGUGGAAAGGAAUUGAUAACCACAGGCAAACUUCAAAGGAUGUUCAAGAAUAAGCAACAAGUGACAGGUUCUCCAAUGCAAGGAGCAGGAUCAAGUGAUACUGAAACAGUACCACCAGAUGAACAUCUUGGUUAUCUGGAAGACAAGCACCUGCUUCGUAUCGCAGUGGGCAUGGGAAUGGAGUGGAAACAACUGGGUGUCAGACUGGGUCUCAGUUGGAACAGGAUCCAACAAAUAUGGAGUGAUAAGAGACAAUUGCCAGAGAGCAUAAUGGAUAUGCUUACAGAAUGGAGGAAUCAUCAGAAUUACGAGACAAAUCAAGUGGAGAUAAUGUGCAGGGAUUUGAAGGAGCAAGGACUCACAGAACUUGCUAACAAUGUUUUUGGCUCGCAAACCUCAACAAAAGUACAUGCUAGACGACCGUUACAUCAUAGACACCAGCAAUAUGAUGGACACUUAGCAGACAUUGAUAUGCUAUUUAUUGCCGAAAGACUUGGCAAGGACUGGAAAUCCUUUGGCAGCAUCAUUGGUCUGAAAAAACAUGAAAUAGAAAGAAUUGAGAUGGACUUUUCACCACCCAUUGUGGACUCAAGUCUGGAAAUGUUGGUUAAAUGGAGAGAAAGGCAAAACUUUGAAGUAAAUCACCUUGUAAAGAUGAGUAACGCAUUGAAAAAACUUGGAAAGAAGGCUGUCGCUAAAGAACUUUGGAAGUACUACCAGGAAACUUACCAAAACUAAUGAAAGAACAUAAGUACGCAUGGGUAGCGAAAAUUUCAAAGAACAAUUACACACUGAUUAGGCCAAGGGCUAGUUUCUCCAAUCCCUUCACUUAGAGCAGGGCCCCACCACUGCAAUAAGUUUAAUACCACAGUGUAUCAUAGUUCAAAUAAUGACACCAGAAGAUUUGAUAUGAUAAAGAGGAAGUAAAUGAUAAUAUAGUGCAGAAUAUACAUGAUUUAGUAUUGUACAUUU